AUGUUCGAUAAUCGUAGCAAUCGAUCAAAUAGCACAGCAGUUGGAGGAGUUUCUCUCGUUUCCUUGCUGUUGUUAUUACUGUUGAACCCUUCCAACGGUGCUGUGAGUGCCGAGCGAAUAGUGUGCAGCUUGGCAUCUUCCUCCACAGAAAGACGUGGUGAAUAUAGCUAUGAUAUUGCAGACAUUCCAACAUCUCUGUGCACCCAUAUAGUGUACGAUCGUAUGGAAAUUGACAUGUUCUCGAGCGUACAUCUUUUCGGCGAGCCUGACCCGGAGGAAAGUGAUUGGAAAAAGUUAUCCGCGCUAAGGCGCACCAAACCAGAACUAAAACUUCUGGCAAGUAUUAUGAGUCCACUAAUCCUGGAGCUAGCAGCUGAGAAGAAUUCCAGAGAAACCCUUAUCGAGAACAUACUGCAGUACAUGGAAAGGUUCCAGAUCGAUGGUAUUGAGUUGUUUUGGGGCGGUGGUUUAUAUGGACCCGAGGAAUCAUUGUUCCUGCUGAUAGAGGAGCUUAAAAGUCGUUUCAUAGCGGCCGGACAUUCAACGUGGGAAAUGAUCGUGAUGGUCGAGAUCGAUCGGGCAAACAUCGAUCAUGCGCGAUUGUGCAGAUUCGUCGACUAUGUGCAUGUCUUGGGUAUGGGUGAACGAAAACCAACCCAUCGCGACAAUAAUUUGACUCCUGUUGCUAAAGCUACGUUCGAUAUAGACGAGCAUACAAAUAUUACACUUGAGCGUGCCUUGCAGUACUGGAUUGAUAACAGCUGUCCCGCGAACAAGAUCGUGCUUGGAGUUUUCCUACUCGGACAACCAUUCACGAUUGUCAACGGGAUGGAGAAUGGUGAAGAACCACAAGAGCUUAUGACACUUUGUUCCAUCUCGAAGGGAAUUCCUGUUUGCUCGUAUUUUGAGCUUUGCCAGAAGUUUAAAGAAAGCGAAUGGACCUUGGGUUAUGACGAUACGGAAGGGUUGGCACCGCACGCGUUUCAGGGCGAUCAAUGGGUGGCCUACGAGAAUGAAGCGUCGGUUGCAAGGAAGGGUGAGAUAGCUAAAAGAAAAAAAUUGGCCGGUGUGUAUUCUUUUACUUUGGAUUUGGACGAUUACCGAAACCAGUGUGGAACAUUGUACCCGCUGACGAAGGCGUUGAGAAAAUCAUUCAUAUCAACUUCGGUCGAAUUACAGGCUACAUCCCAAAACUAA